AUGGGGCUUAAGAUUUAUUCGAUACCACUUUUUAUAUUAGUUUUCAGUUCUGUUAUAUUAGCGACUGGUGAAACCCAAAUCGAGCCACAUGGUGAUUCAGAAUCCGAAUCGUAUGAAGACUCAGGAUCAAGUGAGAGUGAUGAAUACGAUUCAUAUGAGGACUCUGGGUCUGACGAAGAUAAUGGAAAUGUAGGAGCUACAGCCAUAUCUGCAGCCAACGCAGUUUCCAAUGGUGUUGGAAAGGGAAUUGGAAGCAGUGCGUCUGCCUUAAGCGCCGUACAAGCGACGGAAAAUGGACGAGGAGGAUCGAGUAGCGCUAUCGGUCUUGGCGCGGCACAAGCGACUCAGAAUGGCGGUAGCGGAAGUAGUACAGCUUCCGUCUUGGACGCAGUACAAGCAACUUCAAACGGCAAUCACGGCACAAGCAGUGCAACUUCUCUAGGUGCCGCCCAAGCCACUGAAAAUGGUAGGGGUGGAUCAAGUAGCGCGUCGACUUUGAACGCGGUUCAAGUGGUUGAAAAUGGCCGUGGUCAUUCUGGCAGUGCCUCGGCUAUAGGUGGAGCACAGGCAAUUGAGAACGGCCACAGCGGAUCAGCGUCAGUUGCGAGCGGAGCAAUAGCUACUGAAAGCGGUCGAAGCGGAUCCGGCAGCGCUUCUAGUAUAAGCACAGCAGAGGCACACGAAAAUGGAGGAACAGGGUCGAGCAGUGCCACUACUAUAAGUACAGCACAAGCGACUAGCGACGCCUUUGGAGGUUUCGGUGAUCUCGGUUUUGCUCAGUCUUUUGCGCAAGGCACAGCGUCUGCUAGUGGCUCAUCAUUUGCUUCUGCAAUUUCAAGUGCACAGGCUACUGUAACUUCUCAUACAAAUGGAGCAGGGAGGAGACACAAGAAAAAGCGACACCAUAAAAAGAGAAAACACAAAGGAUCCAAAGGUCAAGGUGGGCCUGGGGACAGUCCCGGAAGCCCACCUGGUACAUCAGGGCCGGGAGGAAACAAGGGACCGACAGGACCUCCUGGGCCACCUGGUGCUCCGGGGCCUCAAGGACCGGGAGGAGGCAAAGGUCCUAGUGGAGGUCCCGGAAGCCCACCUGGUACAUCAGGACCGGGAGGAAACAAAGGACCGAAAGGACCUCCAGGACCUCCAGGGCCACCUGGUGCGCCGGGGCCUAAAGGACCGAGAGGAGGCAAAGGUCCUGGUGGAGGUCCCGGAAGCCCACCUGGUACAUCAGGGCCGGGAGAAAACAAGGGACCGACAGGACCUCCUGGGCCACCUGGAGCUCCGGGACCUCAAGGACCGGGAGGAAGCAAAAGUCCUGGCGGAGGCCACGGUACUCCUCCGGGUACUUCAGGUCCGGGUGGAAACAAGGGACCGACAGGACCUCCUGGGCCACCUGGGCCACCUGGACCUCCUGGUAUUCCUGAAAACCCAGAGAAUUGCGCUGUAACUAUAUACCAGCUGGGACGAAUAUAUAGAAAGACGAAAUCCCAUUUCGUUUACCCAAUAUUCAGACGGCUUGGCAGAAAAACUUCAUAUGGCAGAGCACCGACAGCACCAAUAGAACCAGUUGCAUGUGUUCUACCACCACCAGUUAAAGUUGCACCGCCUCCCCCACCACCACCUCCUCCUCCUCCACCACCACCUCCACCUCCGCCUGAGCCGUCACCUCCGCCUAUUCCCAUUCCAGAGCCGCCAAUUCCAAUACCAGUGCCAGAAUCAUCUACAGGUCCAGCAGCUGUAGUAGACGCCGCAGCUGAUAAAGCGGUAAAAGGCGCGACUUCUCUAUGUUUUCCACCUAUAAUAUGUAACAUAGCAAAUGGAGUUAUGGCAGCAGAUACGACGAGAUAA